AUGCGCAUGAUACAAGUGACACCCGCAUUAUUGUGCCUCUAUCUUCUAUCAUUUAGUAAUUUGAUAAUCACAUUAUUCGCUCUUGAUGAACCUCAAUGGUGGAAAGUUUACUGGAUUCAUUCUUCACUUCUUGAAAUGAAAGGAUUAUUGGACAAGCCAAUAUACCGUAUUCUGCAAAAAGAUCCGGCUUUGAUUGAUGUCCUGAAAGAGGCAUUACAAGAUACAUUGCUUGAAUGUUCACGGCAAUCAGUUAUCCAUCAUUGGAGAUGCAACAUUGAUGGAGCACCUAGGAAAACUCUUUUCUCCAAUGUUGCUUCAUUCGCUAGCAGGGAAUUUGCGUAUUUCCUUGCGCUUUCCAGUGCUGCAGCAGUACGCGCAAUAGCUCAUGCUUGCGCUAGCGGACGUCUUCGAUCAUGUUCUUGUGAUCCGGCAAGGAUCGGUCCAGUACGUGCAGAUCAACGUGACAUAUGGGCAAGAUGUAGUGUUGAGCGAGGAUCCGACAAUUUACGAUAUGCUAUAAAAUUGUCGAAACGUUUAAUCGAUCGCCAAUUCUCUUGCUCAUACUCUGAUAGGGUGGCACAAAUUUACCUGCACAAUAUUGCUGUUGGAAGAUCGGUAAAGGCUUAUAUAUGUAAAUGUUAUGAUGAACGUGUUGCUUUGCAUAUUAAAUGUUACUGCGUUUCGGCUUUCGGAAGCUGUCGACGGCGACACUGUGAGGCUAAAGUGGUACCAUUUGAAAUGACUGGUGAUGCCAUUAUGGAAUCAUUAUUGCGAUCACGUCGCAUUCGACGUUCCAAUAGUUUACCAACCUCACGGGUCACGUGUCUAAGACCACGAAAUGAACGAAAUAUGCGACGCAAAGUGGUACCAUUGUGGUUUAUCGAUACUCGAAAUUGGUCAAUGCGUAAUGGAAAAUCUCGUCGACGAUUAAAAACAUAA